GACCUGCUGUUGGACAGUAUUUAGAAGUUUUUUGUUCAUCUUUGCCUUGUUUCCUGCCAACAAGUUGUUCAUCCUUCCCUAAUGAGUUGUUUGUCCUUCCCUCACCCGUUGGCCUUGAGCGAUAUCUUCCUUUUUACAUCUGCUUCUCAUCUACAUCCCUAUAAUUAGGAUAUUUUACCAUAUAUGUAGCUAGAUACUAAUUUGGAUAAGUUUUAGCAUCUUCCCCAUCUCACAGCGGCCUUGUGGCAUCUGAGAGGAGUCAGGUGCCUGGGCCUCACGCCCUCCGCCCUGGAGACAGCGUCCCCCUUCUGGCCUGGGUGACAUCACAGCAGAGCCCUUUGUGACUCACCCCUGGGACAGCUACAACUACCCAGCACCAGCAGGGCAGCCCCACAGUGUCCAGAAGGAUUACAAUGGGAGAGUGCAUGAGUUGUGUGGCUCCUCGCCAAAACGAUGCUGACGAUCUUCCCCUGGCGGGGCUGCUAUUAGUUAUCCCCAAGAUCCUGGACGCUGAGAAGGAUAGCGGAUCUGCUGCAUAUUCUAUGUGGGAGACCCAUGUGCUUCAGAGGGAUAAUGUUUCUGCUGUCUCCAUCUUGUCUCUGGCGCCCAAGGACAUGGAAGACUAUGACUACUUCUGGGCUGUUCUCACUGGCACCAAAAUGGAAGAGGACUGGAAGCUGAAGUUUCUGGCCUCGAUCCGCACCAUCUGCAGCAACACGGUGCAGAAGAGAUACAUGUACCUGCCCUGUGACAUGCUGGGAGUGGAGGAGAAGAUGCAACUGCCUGAGUCUUCCUCCGACCACCUGCGCACUCUGAUGCUCCUGGGCUGGCAAGCUGCGUAUGCCAUCAGUGAAAGGAGCAAAGAGAACCUAGCACUGCUGUCACAGCACCUCGGCCCCUGCAUCAACGCCAUCGGCUCUCUUGCUUCAACGAGGGAGAGGGGCAGUCUGGAUGCUUCACUUUAUGCUGAGAUUCUGAAAUCUCUGGACAGCGUGCUGGAAGUGCUGGUGUGUACUUCGUCGGACUACACUGCUGCUAUGCUGGAGAUCAUCUUGCAGGCCCUGCUGCCCUUCACAAGAUCCGAGAAUGUGGCAAAGCGUCGGUAUGCCGUGGGGAGGAUUGCCAGUCUGAGCGAGGUGCUGAUCCCCAGUUCUCUGAUGCAGGACUCGUUCAGAAACAGAGUGGGCACGGUCAGAGUUCGCACCUUCCAGACGAAGCCUGUGCCACUCCUGGGGCAGCUGAUGGGGUGCCUCACCCUGUGCUGCGCCGAGAAGGACAAGGACAUCAGCUGUGGGUCUGCAGAGGCUCUUCACGCCUUCCACAGGAUCGUGAUGGUGCGACAGAGCCACUUCAUGACACCUACCUAUCCGUAUCUCUUUCUGGAGCGGGAAUGCCCAAGCACCUUCCGGCCCAAGGACGCUGCUAACGAGCUGACGGUAUUUGGCAGCUUCCUCUUCCCCGUCGAGAGGACGAACUUCAUCCUCACCAUCUUGGAGGGCAUGACACACCCCAGGGUCUCCGACAAAAAGGUGGUUGCCCGUGUGUUGGAUAUGAUCACAGACUCAGACAUGGAGGAGGUGCCACGGGUCAUGCGGAUCAUCCAUGACUGCCUGGCGACGGUCAGAAAGGAAUCACUCCUGGACAUCCUGAAGAGGACCCUUUUCCAGAUCACCUCCUUGCACCCUGGGCACGCGGUCCAGGGCCUGCUGGAGGUCUUCCCGUGGUGCGACAGGGUUGCCACGGCCAUGUGGCAGACGAUGGUCUCCGAGCCCUGCGUUGCAGAGGACGUGCUGAGAAACCUGCUGAAGCAACGCAUAGGGCCUGAGCACGAUGUCUUUGGCUCACCCCACAGCUGUGUCCGUUCCUGGGCUGUAACCAGCGCCAUGAACAAGAUCUUCCAGCUGCCCUCCAGCAAGAACAUUGCGCUGUUACUUUUCCACAAGCUCUACAUUGCCGUGCUCUUCCAGAUCUCCUUCAUCCAUGAGUGCACACUGCAGGACUUCAGCAGCGGCAGCAGUCAGAUGGGGGAGUGCGUGUGGCCUUCAGGCAGCUUUCUCAGGACUGCGGUGAUGACCAUGAGAGCUCUUUUCCAACACCUGGGGGGUGCCACUUUGGUUGAAGACAUCCAGAUGCAGGGUGGCUGGGACAGGCUUUUAAGACAUGAGACCUUCCACACAGGUGUUGCUGUGCUGACUAGGGCUCUGGGAAGCAAAGCACCGCUCUUUGGUGCCUCGGUGUUUGAAGAGGCAGUCGUACGUCUCUGGCAGAGACAGAAGCAUGAGGAGAUCACCGCCAUGGCUGUCUUCACGGAGUUGCUGGACUGUGUAGACUUUGAGCAGCUUGUUGAUAACUGCAUCCCGCACCUUCUUCAUUCACACCUGCGCAGUCAGUCCUCGGUGCUGCGUAGGAUGGCGGUUACAAGCCUCGUCACGCUGUCUACGAGACCCAAGCUGGCAGUAACUCUGCAAGACCUGCUGCCAGAGGUCAUGCAGCAACUGCAGGAUGCCAACAGCGACAUCAAUAUGCAGGCCAUGACUGUCCUCCGCAACACUCUGCGCCUAGCAGAUGGGCAAGUGGCUGGCCCCAUCGCUCUGCAGCUGCCUGACAGGCUCCUGCCCCUCUUUGACAACGAGUCCAGCUGCAUGAGAGAGCUCUCCAUCCUUCUCUGCAAGGACGCCAUGGAGGUUGCAGAGGGCACCCAUAAGAUGGAGAUGAAGAAGCAAGUGCACAGGACCGUCCUCCCCCUCUUCUUCCACCUGCAUGACCAGAACCAGCAUGUGGCUGAGGCCUCUCGGGAAGCCCUCCUUGGUGCUGCCAAGCUCCUGAAGUGGAAGCAGCUCAGGAACCUGCUGGAGACAGCGCAGCCACAGAGGAUUGGCGAGUGCCUGCUGGUGGGGCACAGCAGCAGAGUGGAUGACUACCUGUCCCAGAGCCUGCAAUACCUGCGGAGCCCCCAGGAGCCCCUGCAAGAGGCGGCCAUCAGGUUCAUUGGGCUUGCCGGGCAGUACUUGGUGGAUGGGCGCGAGGAGAAGCUCAAGAUCAUCGAGGCCCUGAGAAGCAUGGAGGGCAACAGCAGCCCUUCGGUCUCCUCCCUGGUGACUGAAACCAUCCUGGUCCUGAGAACUUCCUCCACAUUCAGCCUGCAAGCACUACGUUACCGGCUCCGGAGGGUGUGGGAGAGGAGGCCCCGUGUCCCGAGAGCUGGCUGGCUACGCUGCUGCAGCUGUGCUCAGUGCUGAGCGCUGCUCCAGCCCUCGGGCCCCACCGAGUAACCCCUCUGCUGGACUUUCCCCAAAGAAACAGCCCUCUUUCUUCACCGCUUGAACGUGUCAUUUUUUUGUGUGAAAACUGAACGGUUAGAAAACUCCACGGCACCAAGCUGCUCUGCUAGGCUGUGAAACCAAGAGGAAGGAAAGCUUUUGCUUCCCUGGCCGCAGCGUGUUAGAGCAACCCACCGCCUCAGCCUUCCUGGGCCUUGGGCCAUUUUGCUAGGAACAGUGCGAUUUUAGAGUGAGCCUGAUGGUACGGAACUGAUAGAUUGCAUGGCCAGCCCUGAGUCUAACUGACAACCUACUCAUGUCCUCUGGAUGAACUUUGCUCAUUAUAAUCUCACUACAGUGCCAAAAUACACCUCCAUCCCCAAGGCUACCCGCCUCCAAGGUGCAACUACCUCUCACUGAGCACGCGCUCUGAAUUUCCCUGAGCAAAAACAAAAGCCAGGAAAAUGUAUACCAGUGACAACAAAGGCGCAUAUGACUUGAGUCACUCACUACCUAAAAGCAGGAACAUAGUAAAAAAAGGGCUCAAGAGAGGAAAAUGUCGGGGAAGACACCACCACAGACAAGUCGGGAGGACGUCGCUGACUCCUGGCAUCAGCCGAAGGCUGCUGUGCUGAACCUCUCUUCCCCCCUACAGGGAUGCCUACAGGGCGAGAUCUGAACCCUCAGUUACAGCGAGUGCUUCCCUGGGAAACCUAACAUUCUCUAUAGAGUUGUUCCACAAGUUAACGUAUAUGC